AACCACACGAAACUUUGCAGUCCUGCCUCGUGCCUGCUUGAACAAUUGGGUGUGGGCAAAAAGCUGUGGGAACAUGACCGUGCCAGCGUGCGGUCAGCAGAAUCCUGUCUUACUCUCGAGACUUAAUCUGUUCCCAGCCCCUGGUGUCCUGAUGAUCACUUUAGUAUAAUGGACCCCCAGCUUGGACGCUGUCAGUCCCAGGGCACUGGGGAGGGCUGAGGCCGACCAUGCCCGGGCUGCCGCUGCUGUUGGCCGCUGCGUUGCUCUCCAGCUGGGCGCAGCUCUGGACGGACGCCGGCUCCUGGUGGUCAUUAGCUCUGAACCCAGUGCAGAGGCCCGAGAUGUUUAUCAUCGGUGCUCAGCCUGUGUGCAGCCAGCUUCCUGGGCUCUCCCCUGGCCAGAGAAAGCUGUGCCAGUUGUACCAGGAGCACAUGGCCUACAUAGGGGAGGGAGCCAAGACGGGCAUCAAGGAGUGCCAGUACCAGUUCCGGCAGAGGCGGUGGAACUGCAGCACAGUGGACAACGCGUCUGUCUUUGGGAGAGUCAUGCAGAUAGGUAGCCGAGAGACCGCCUUCACCUAUGCGGUGAGCGCCGCAGGCGUGGUCAAUGCCAUCAGCCGGGCUUGCCGCGAGGGUGAGCUUUCCACGUGUGGCUGCAGCCGGACAGCGCGGCCCAAGGACCUCCCCCGGGACUGGCUGUGGGGUGGCUGUGGGGACAAUGUGGAGUACGGCUACCGCUUUGCUAAGGAGUUUGUGGAUGCCCGGGAGCGGGAGAAGAACUUUGCCAAGGGAUCGGAGGAGCAGGGCCGAGUGCUCAUGAACCUGCAGAACAACGAGGCGGGUCGAAGGGCUGUGUACAAGACGGCAGACGUCGCCUGCAAAUGCCACGGUGUCUCAGGGUCCUGCAGCCUCAAGACCUGCUGGCUCCAGCUGGCUGAGUUCCGCAGGGUGGGGGACCAGCUGAAGGAAAAGUACGACAGUGCGGCCGCCAUGCGCAUCACCCGCAAGGGCAAGCUGGAGCUGGUCAACAGCCGCUUCAACCAGCCCACCCCGGAGGACCUGGUCUAUGUGGACCCCAGCCCCGACUACUGCCUGCGCAACGAGACCACCGGCUCGCUGGGAACCCAGGGCCGCCUCUGCAACAAGACCUCGGAGGGUAUGGACGGCUGCGAGCUCAUGUGCUGUGGCCGCGGCUACGACCCGUUCAAGAGCGUCCAGGUGGAGCGCUGCCACUGCAAGUUCCACUGGUGCUGCUUCGUCAAGUGCAGGAAGUGCACCGAGGUCGUCGACCAGUAUGUCUGCAAGUGAGUGGCCCCGGCUGCCUGCCUGGCCCUGCGGAGGUCUGCCUUAUGUAAAUCUAUGUGAAUCUAUUUUAUAUUUGUAUAAAUAAGUGGAUGAAUGACACAUAAUUAAAAGGCCAACAUGGAAAAGAAAAGCUUAUUUAAGAGGUGCUGGAGACCUCUGAGGAUUGACCUUUGCUGGUUCUCUCCUCCCACGGAGGGGAGAAAAGGCGUUUUGCUCUGCCUCUGGUGAGGAUGCCGGGACAUAGGGACUUGGAGAUGUGUACUGUCUCUCCACCAUGGCCUGAGCAGGGAGGCUGCGGGCAGAUGGAGGAGCUGAUUCUGUCUGGAAGUCUGGAAUCUCUGUGGGGAAGAUGACUGCCCUGUGACCCCAGCCACUAGGUCAUGAGGCCCGUGGAAGGUGGCGGAAACUCAGCGUAAGCCUCCACAUCUCUGGGGUCUUGCCCAGCAUGUGGACUGGCCCUGUAAGAGGCCCAGCUUCCUCACUCUUCCCCUCGUGCGCUGUGCGGAAUCCACGGUGACAGGAGUGGCUCCUCCCCCAAAUGAGGACAGGUCCAAUGUCAUCUCUGACGCCAUGACCACAAAGGGCUCUGCACCUCCCCCAGGCCUAUCUUUCCAGCAAGAAUUCCUCCUUCUCCACAGUUCCCUGCACGAAGAGGAAACGGGGGGAGGGGGUGACCUGCCACAUCAAGAAGGACGGGAACUGGCCGUGUGCCCACGUUGCACCCAACCGUGCCAGCCUGCACGGGUCUCCCGCUCGGCGGCCGCCACCUCUGCCAGCAGCCCUGCCCAGACCUACAGCUCCUCUCUGGCAUUAAAUACCCUUCACUGA